AUGGAUACAAUCAUUAUUCAAUGGCUUCUGUUGGUCCAAAUAUAUGCUGCCGGAGAUACCACAUCGAAUGAAUUGUACACUUUAUAUCAUAGUAAUAAAUUAAUUAGUGGCUAUUAUAGAAAAUUUAUCACGUUAAGGCCAAUUUGUGGAGCUUGGUGUCAGCUUUUCCCACAGUGUUCGGCUUUUGCUUAUCACAAUUUACAGAAAGAGUGUUUCUUAUACGAAGGAAAUUUGAAUGACUGUGAUUACCUAAUAGAGAAUACAAUGGAAACAUUCAUUCCAUUUACAGAAGAAGAUAAGAACAAUGUAGCCUUGUUUAAACCAACAACCAUGAGCAGUGAAUUGAGUAGAAGUACUGGUUCAUGUCGAGCCGUUGAUGAUAAAUAUACGACAUUUGUGAGUAGUCAACAGGCGCCGAUGUCAUGGUGGUGCGUAGAUCUCAUACAUAUUUAUAACCUUAAAUAUGUUACUUUAUACAACAAAAACAAAGCAGGAUACGUACGAGACCAAAUUAAAGGUUUUACCUUGAAGUUGAAUUUACGUGGAAAAUGUGACGCUGAAGGAUUCAGUAAUGCUGAUUUUUGCUUCCAAGACACAUCAUUCAUUUCUCAGUAUAUAUACAAUAUAACACAGUGUAUAUCUUCUACCGUAUUUAAAGCUAGAUAUAUAUUUAUCAACAAUGGGGCUGCAAGUGACUUCCUCCAUUUUAAAGAGCUAGAGGUAUCGGCAAUGUAG